GUGCUACUUAUUCGUUGCAUUUGCGGCUGGUGCGACUCGAUAUGACUCCAGUAUUGCUACGUGUCCAUUUAGUCCCAAUUCUCUUUAUAACAGUGCCUAGUCUCAAUUGACAAAAAAAACUGGUUUUUUCUUGAUCGACUUCACUUCCUCCAUGUGUCGCUUCGUGAUCUACAAGGGCACAUCACCCGUGCAGCUUUCUCAUCUCUUGACUCGACCAUGCCAUUCUAUUAUAAACCAAGCCUUUGAUUCGCGUCUGCGUCUUGACCAUCGUCGGCCAAUCAACGGUGAUGGCUUUGGCGUCGGCUGGUAUGAUUCCGUCCAUGACGAGGAACUCGGCAGCCAACCUUGUAUAUUUACAUCCGUUACACCGGCAUGGAACAACGCAAACUUGAUACGAUUAGCAGAGAAGAUAAAGUCACCGCUCGUCUUUGGGCACGUCCGUGCAACCACUACUGGUUCUUUGUCUUUGGACAACUGCCACCCGUUCGUAUAUGGCAAACUUAUGUUCAUGCACAACGGCGGUAUUGCAGGCUUUCAUCUGAUCAAGCGACGACUGCAGGCCGAUCUGUCGGACGAUGUUUUCAACACAGUACAAGGGAACACGGACUCUGAGUGCGCAUUUGCACUACUGCUGUCCAAGCUUCCCGACCCGAAGGCUAAGAGCUUUACCACUCGCACCUUGCAGCAGGCAAUGUUGGAUACCAUCGCAACUUUAAACCGGUAUGCCGAGGAAGCCGGUAUUACUGAGCCAAGUUUGAUGAACUUCUGCGUUACAGAUGGCGAAAGUGUCAUUGCAACUCGUUAUAUUUCUUCUCGGCACGACGAAGCCGCGUCGUUGUGGUUCUCGUCUGGGACGACGUUCAGUGAGUACGCCCAGGGUGGUCAUUACAGGAUGGCGAAAGCUGAUAAAAGAGAGAACAUCAUCAUGGUUGCCAGUGAGCCCCUUACUUUCGAAAAAGCGGACUGGAUGGAGAUACGCACGAACAACAUGGUCGUGAUAACACCCAAAUGAACCUCCUGCAAAUCCCCAUCGUUGACAAAUUCUAUGUCUCUCCUUCUGACCCAGCGGCACGAAACCGGGCCACUGAAUUUGCGGCAGCCAAGGGCCUUCUCAGUCCACGUAAAGCCUUGGUUCCAGUUCAGCUUCGCGAUAACGCCCCCCAGUUGUCCAUAUGACUUGUUUUGCGAUACCUUCAUCGCGUUUCAUCUUAUUCAUCGCUGUCUUUGUUGUGUUCCAUCCGUCAUUCAUGCUGUUAGGAUCUGUACCGUAAAUGAUUAAUGAUGAUUAAUUGUAGACCUUUGUAUGUAGCUGUGAAUAUGUAAACCGCGUUGACGCGUUUUCCA